AUGUUAGAGCUGAAAGACAGAGAAAACGAUCUGCGGCUGCUGGAUGUACACCGCGCUGCAGCAGCAAACCUCCGCAGCCAAUUGCAAGAGCAGCAGCAACACAUACAAGCAGCAACCAACACCAUCACGCAGCUGCAGCAGGAGCUGGAUGAGUUAGAGGCAGUAGCAGCAGCAGCAGCAGAGCUUUCAAGGGAGCAGCAGCAGCAGCAGCAAGAUGACGAUGAGGGGCCCAUCGUAUUUGAGGAGUCUAUAGAAGAACUAGAAGAGCUGCUCACCAAUAUCUCACAAGAAUACAAAGCAAAGAACGACACAGCGAAGCAGCAGCAGCAGCAGCUGCUACAUAAAGUAGCAGCAAUGCUUCCUUACGUGCAGCAGCAGCAGCAGCAGAGCGCGGGAGAGGCGGUGGUUUUGUGUCGUUCUGAGGCUGCGAAGCUGCGGCGGCAGCAGCAAGCUGCAGCACGUGAGCAGCAGCAGCAGCAGCAGCAGCAGCAGCAGGUGCUGCAGCAGCUGCAGCAGCAAGAGCAGCAGCAGCAAGCAGCAGAAAGUGCUUCGCUUUCUCUCAUCUGCUGCAUCAAGCAGCAGCUGCAGCAGCUGCAGCAGAAGCUGCAGCAAAAGCCACCGCAGCAGCAAUGCAUGCAGUCGGUUGCUGCUGCUGAGCAACAGCUGCAGCAGCUGCAGCAACAAACUGCAGAAAAUAAUCAAGACAAACUCAAGAGCGUUGAGGCGCGAGUGGCGGCUUCUGGGGAGACUCUGCUGCAGCUGCAGCAGCAGCGGCAGCAGCUGCAGCAGGUGCAGCAGCAGCUGCAGCAGCACGAAGCCCUUGGGGUGUCACUGCAGGUGGCGCAGCAGCGGCAGCAGGAGAAGCAGCAGCUGCUGCAGCAGAAGCAGCAGCAGCUAGCUCGCCGCUUUGCUUCGCUGCAGCAGCAACCCGCCAUCGGGCCCCUAUCUACAAACCCUCAACAGGCUGCUGUAUGUUCUGAGCUGCAGCAGCAGCAGCAGCAGCAGCAGCAGCAGCAGCAGCAGCAACGAGCACUCGAAGGAGGAGAAACGCAGCUGUAUGAAUACCUAGCAGCAGAAGCAGCAGCAAAAAGCUGCUGCCCCAUCUGCUGCAGGAGCUUGAGCAGCAGCAGCGAGCUGCUGCUGCUGCAGCAGAAUGUAAAACAACGCAUGCAGCAGAUGCCGCAGCAGCAGCAGCAACUGCAGCAGCAGCUGCAGCAGCAACAAAUUAAAAUACAAACCAUCCAGCAGCAACAAAAAACAACAAACCAACUCAUAAAUAAACAUAAAGACCUUCUUGCUGCUGCUGCAGAGCUCACCAGAAAGAAACAGGCCGAAGAGGAGCUGCAUGCAGCAGCAGCAGCAGCAGCAGCAGCAGCAGAAGCAGCAGCACAAAGGGCAAAGGAGACCCAGGAGGCGCAUGCAGAAGCUGCUGAGCUAGCUGCAGCAGCAGCAGCAGCAGCAGCAGCAGAGCAUUCGCUGAUAGGGAGGCAGCGCAGUAGAAAGCUGCGCGCAGCAGCAGGUCUCCACGCAGCAGCAAACGGCAGCAGCAGCAGCAGCAGCAGCAGCAGCAGCAGCGAAGUGCAGCAGCAGCUGCAGCAGCUAGAAUCCCAAAUUGCUCAGGCAUUCGCUGAUAGGGAGGCAGCGCAGCAGCAGCAGCAGCAGCUGCAGCAGCAGCAACUAAAACAGCAGCAGCAGCUGCUGCAGCUGCAAGCCCAUUUGGCCGAGCAGCAGCGGCUGCUGCAGCAGAUAAGAGAGGAGCAGCAGCAGCAGCAAGAGCAGCAGAAGCAACUCCAGCUCACGGAAGCAGCUCUACCCGGGCAGCAGCAGCUGCUGCAUGCAACGCGGCAGCAGCUGCAGCAGCUGCAGCAGCAGCAACGCCAGGCGGAGCAGCAAACUGAAGCAAAACUAAGACAGCUGGAAUCUGCUGCUGCUGAACUAGAGACGAUUGCUGCAUCAAUAGAAGAGCAGCAGCAGCGUGUGGAGGAGGCUGAGGCAGCAGUUGCUGCUGCAGCAGCAUCAGCAAGUGGUGAGCGGCAGCAGCAGCUGCGGCAGCAGCAGCAGCAACUGACAGCAGCACUGCAGCAGGAGCAGCAGCAGCAAGAGCAGCUGAAUGCUGCUUUUGAUAAGGGGCAGCUGCUGCUGCAGCAGAUACGAUCCAGUAUAGAUGUAAAAAGGCAGCAGCAGCAGCUAGAGCUGCAGCAGCAAACUGUGCAUGCACUGCAGCAGCAGCAGCAGCAGACGCUGCAGCAAGGGAUAGCUGCGCUAGUGCAGCAGAGCAGCAUCGCAGCAGCAGCAGCAAAACAACAUCAGCAGCAGCAGCAACAGCAGCAGCAGCAGCAGCAGCAGCAGGAGCAGCUGCAGCAGCAGCAGCAGCAACAGAAAAAAAACAAAAAAUAG